AUGCCAUUAAUGGGUCAACUUUCUAGCUCCUUUGCACCAGUUUUGGGGGUUGCUUUGAAUCUCGUAAGUGCAGUCGUCCGAUCGUAUCGUUGUUCGACUUACCGUCGAAAGUUAUCAUAUUGGGUCUUCAAGCGUUAUGAACCCAAUUCCGUUGGAACCGUGACAGCGCUCCUUCUGGGCGUACCCGUGCUGGUCUCCAACAUAGUGGCUCAGCAUCCAAUAUUCUCCAGGUGUAACUAUACCCACACCAUCCUCAUCCUCAUAGUGACACAUAACAUCCUCCUGGCGUGCUUUACUGCCGCUUACCGCCUAUCUCCUUUCCACCCUCUCGCCGCCUUCCCUGGACCUGCGUGCGCUAAGCUGACGAAAUUUACGGUCGCGUGGGUGACUUCGAAGGGAAAGCAAUAUCAAUUCUACCGCGCUCUUCAUGAUAAAUAUGGCGACGUCGUACGGAUAGGGCCGAACGAGUUGUCAAUUCGGCAUGUUGACGCUGUCGCACCAAUUCUUGGUCAUGAUGGCUUGCCUAAGGGACCUUUUUGGGACUACCGCGCGGACGCAGGCUCGCACCCUCCCUUGGUUGCCGUACGAGAACCCAGAGAACACUCGAAACGACGUAAACCUUGGAACCGAGCAUUCAGUCGAAUCGCACUCCAAGGGUACGAAAAGCCUCUGUUAGGCAAUAUUGAACGCUUGACGGAAGCCCUCGAUGCUCGCACCAAUCAGAUCGUGGAUAUGACGAUGUGGAUGGGAUAUUUUGCUUUGGAUUUCAUGGGGGACAUAGUGUUCGGUCAGCCAUAUCGAAUUUUGGAGAGUGGGAUGGACGCCCAGGGGGUCCGUGGAAUACUUGAAGAUGGCGUAAGAUCGUCUGCGAUUACCGGUCAGAUACCAUGGGCAAUUCCCAUACUACGAUGGCUUAGAAUCACUGCAUAUGACCGUAUGAAGCAAUAUGCACGAUCAAGCGCCUUAAGACGCCUAGAAGACACGGAACGGGCAAAGGAUAUUUUCCACUAUCUCAACGACGAACAGGGCGUUCAGUCUGUUCAGCGUCCACUCGCCCUUGUGGCAUCCGAUGCGGGCCUGGCGAUGAUAGCAGGAUCCGACACAACCACAGCCACCCUGUCUGCAAUGUGGUAUUGUCUUUUGUCCAACGAUGUUGCCUACAAACGAUUGCAGCAGGAGAUAGAUGUCGCCUUUCCCACCGAUGAACUUCCUACCAACCUUGGGACCAUGGCUUCCAUGCAGUACCUCAACGCGUGCAUCAACGAAACUUUACGAUUAUUCCCUGCUCUCUUAGGCGGCGCUCAACGGUCCGUUCUGCCUGGUACAGGUGGAAAGAUGAUCCGUUCCUUCUUUGUUCCCGAAGGAACUCAAGUCUUGGUUCCUGCGUAUUCAUUGCACCGAGACCCUCGUUGCUUUUCUCCGCUUCCAGAUGCCUUCUGGCCUGAUCGCUGGCUGCCUGAGGGAGACAGAGCGUACCCUCCGAGCAUCUCCCAAAACGACCCCUUCGUCCUCAACGCUGCCGCUCUUAUAACAUUCUCUCAUGGGCCAGCUUCGUGUGUGGGUAAAUCUUUGGCGCUGAUGGUUCUUAGAGCGGUCGUCUGCUCCCUCGUUCACACAUUCGACGUGAUGCCAUCUGGGGAUAUAGGGAGCUGGGAAGAACAUAUAGAGGAUUAUUUUACGGCGAAGUGUGGUCCAUUGAUGGCUGUGCUGUCCAGAAGGAAGGAAGUCCAAGGAACUUGA